AUGUGCUCACACCUUUCCUGCUUAGCCAUAAGUCGGGCCAAAAUAUAUACGACCGGCCUCCCACUCUACGAAGGCCUUCUCAAUCAGAUCCAAUGGCAGAAGACAUCGAGAAGUAAAAAAGACAGUCUUAAGGGUUUGAAUCAAUUCAUUUCCAGUGAUAAUAAGCCUAAGAAGCCUGAAUGGGAUGACACCAAACUAGGGCUUUCGUCUGGCUUCGCCUACACUACUCAACUGGACAUCGAUAGCGGAGCCUUCGCUUCGGUGGAGAAGGCCGUCGUCAUCAACACGAAGGUUGUGAUCGCCGUCAAGAAGAUCGAAAUCCCUCGAGAGGUUGACGACCCGAAGACCCGCAACAAACGCAAGAGUAUUACGACAGACAUCAAGAAUGAGCUCUUUAUACUCCAGAAGAUACGACAUCCGCACGUCAUUAAACUCAUCCAACACUUCAUUAUAAACGACAGACAGACCAACAAAACCAUUAUAUACAUUCUGAUGCAGUUCGCACCGGGAGGUACGCUGUCGUCCCACUGCAACGCCAACGGCCCUUUCGACGAGCGGAUGUGUCAGCAGUGGUUCGCACAGAUGUUGAGUGCCCUGUCGUUCAUGCACUCCAAGAAGAUGGCCCACAGAGACCUCAAACUCUCGAACAUUCUUCUCAAUGAGAAUAUGGAUGUCUUGGUCAGCGAUUUUGGCUUAAGUCGAGUGGUUUGGCGUCAAACUCAGGGCACCAUUAACUCGAAUACAUACUGCGGGACACCACCAUACAUGUGUACGGCCUAA